GGGAGCGAGCAAGCGAGCGAGUGGGGCAUUUCUGCGCAGCUCGAGUGCGCCUCGGAGCCCGCUCGGGCCACCGCCGGACGCAACGACCUAGGGACAGAGAGCGCCCGGAAGCCCCGCCGCCGCCGCCGCCGCCAGGUGCCUGACUGACAGACGUUCUUACCCCCAGGGAGCUGGUGUGGACAGAAGAGGGGCGUGCUGGUCACCAUGACAACAGAGACAGGCCCCGAUUCUGAGGUGAAGAAGGCUCAGGAGGAAGCCCAACAGCAGCCUGAGGCCGCCGCUGUGACCACCCCUGUGACUCCUGCAGGCCACGGCCACCCAGAGGCCAACUCCAAUGAGAAGCAUCUGCCCCAGCAGGACACUCGGCCUGCUGAACAGAGCCUAGACAUGGAGGAGAAGGACUAUGGCGAGGCCGAUGGCCUGUCAGAGAGGACCACACCUAGCAAGGCUCAGAAAUCGCCCCAGAAGAUUGCCAAGAAGUACAAGAGUGCCAUCUGCCGAGUCACUCUGCUCGAUGCCUCUGAGUAUGAGUGUGAGGUGGAGAAACAUGGCCGGGGCCAGGUGCUGUUUGACCUCGUCUGUGAGCACCUCAACCUUCUAGAGAAGGACUACUUUGGCCUGACCUUCUGUGAUGCUGACAGCCAGAAGAACUGGCUGGACCCCUCCAAGGAAAUCAAGAAGCAGAUCCGGAGCAGUCCUUGGAAUUUUGCCUUCACAGUCAAGUUCUACCCCCCUGACCCAGCCCAGCUGACAGAAGACAUCACGAGAUACUACCUGUGCCUGCAGCUGCGGGCAGACAUCAUCACAGGCCGGCUGCCCUGCUCCUUUGUCACGCAUGCCCUGCUGGGCUCCUACGCCGUGCAGGCUGAGCUGGGUGACUAUGAUGCUGAGGAGCAUGUGGGCAACUAUGUCAGUGAGCUCCGCUUCGCUCCUAACCAGACCCGGGAGCUGGAGGAGAGGAUCAUGGAGCUGCACAAGACAUACAGGGGCAUGACCCCAGGAGAAGCAGAAAUCCACUUCCUAGAGAAUGCCAAGAAGCUUUCCAUGUAUGGAGUAGAUCUGCACCAUGCCAAGGACUCUGAGGGCAUUGACAUCAUGUUAGGGGUCUGUGCCAAUGGUCUGCUCAUCUACCGGGACCGGCUGAGAAUCAACCGCUUCGCCUGGCCCAAGAUUCUCAAGAUAUCCUACAAGAGGAGUAACUUCUACAUCAAGAUCCGGCCUGGGGAGUAUGAGCAGUUCGAGAGCACAAUUGGCUUUAAGCUCCCAAACCACCGGUCGGCCAAGAGACUGUGGAAGGUCUGCAUCGAGCAUCACACGUUCUUCCGGCUGGUAUCACCUGAGCCCCCACCCAAGGGCUUCUUGGUGAUGGGCUCCAAGUUCCGGUAUAGUGGGAGGACCCAGGCACAGACCCGCCAGGCCAGUGCUCUCAUUGACCGGCCUGCACCCUUCUUUGAACGUUCUUCCAGCAAACGGUACACCAUGUCCCGCAGCCUUGAUGGAGCAGAGUUCUCCCGCCCAGCCUCAGUCAGUGAGAACCACGAUGCAGGGCCUGAUGGUGACAAGCGGGAGGAGGAUGGCGAGUCUGGGGGGCGGCGGUCAGAGGCCGAGGAGGGAGAGGUCAGGACCCCCACCAAGAUCAAGGAGCUGAAGUUCUUAGACAAGCCAGAGGACGUCUUGCUGAAGCACCAGGCCAGCAUCAAUGAGCUCAAGAGGACCCUGAAGGAGCCCAAUAGCAAACUGAUCCACCGGGACCGAGACUGGGAGCGGGAGCGCAGGCUGCCCUCCUCGCCUGCUUCCCCCUCCCCCAAGGGCACCCCUGAGAAAGCCAAUGAGUCCCAGAGGACCCAGGACGCCUCUCAGCAGGACUUGGUGCCUGAGCCUGGAACAGCCGCAGGCUUGGAAGUGUUCACUCAGAAAAGCCUCGCAGCAUCUCCUGAGGGCUCAGAGCAUUGGGUAUUUAUAGACAGAGCAUACACUAGGCCAGAAGAACUUGAUCUCCUUACCGUGGCCACCUUGCAGCAGGAAGAAAGCGAGGCAGGCCUUGCUGAUGUCCUUGCUGAUGGCAGACUCUCCAAGGUAGAUGUUCUGGUGGACAAGUUUAAAGUUGAAGUAGCCACAGAAGAAAUGGUGGGAACCAGAAGAGCAAACGUCCACCAACGAGGGAGAAUGAUUGCAAGUCCUGAAGACUUUGAGUCAGUGUGGGAGGAAGGCCCCUGGGUCAGGGAAGUCCUGGGAAGGGCUUCCCUGGCUGCUGGUUGCACUUUGGCAGAAAAACUCCUCAAGGGCUCCGAGCUCAGGGUGGGCACCCGGGAGGCAGCCAUCAGGAACCGCUGCAUCUCAGACAGUCAGCCGGAGGGCCAGACAAAACCAAGGAAGGGGCUGGAGGAGCUCCAGACUUGUGGAAGACCCACUGCCCCAGGGACCAAGCCAGCAGAGGUGGACAUCCCCUCUCCAGCCUCCGACAAGGGAGGACUCCAGUCCUUUCUCUUGGAUCCAGUCUACAUGGAAGCCAGAGCCUACUCGAGUGAUGAAACUGAUACCUCCUUUGCAGAGAGGAGCUUCUAUUUAAACUAUGCAGAGAAAGACUUGGAAGACCAAGUCCUCCCUCCACCCCUGGAGGAGAGAGAGAAGCAUCUAGAUGCCCCUCCUGGGGAUGAGACCAGGCCAGAGCUGAAUUCCUCAGACCUGAGGGGCUCUGCAUUAGCUUCCGGCCAGAAUGAGGAUGGAGCCCACACGGCUUCCUCAGAGGAAGGGGUGGGGCCCCCCAAGAACCAUGGAAGACUGGAUGACCUGAAGGAACCUUCUCCAUGGCAGAUGUUUGCUGAGGACUGGGAAGAAGCCCAGUGGGGGGUGGAAGGAGAGUAUACCCACCUAAUAGCCAGUGCAGCCAAAGAGGAAGAGGCCCCUGUGAGUGGAGAUUUGAUGGGAGAGGCUGAGAAAAGUCCACCAGCAGGAUCAAAGAACCGCUCACCUCAUGGAGGAAGGAGUGUGCACCCAGAUGCCCAGACUUACGCCCUUCCGUGGAAGCCAGCCAGACUGGACAGAGGCAACUUCCUGCCCAAAGAGAGGGGAUCAGUUCACACCCACAUGGGAGAACCUGAGAUGGCAGACCUCGAGGCCUCGGCUUUUCUUCACAUGGAGGUGAUCAUCCCCCUGCCAGCCUCCCCUGGUCACUCUGAGGCUCUGGCAGCUUUGAAGGAAGAGUCUCUAAAUCCAGCCACUCAUAGGUCAGGGGAGCCUUCAGAGCGCAGGGAUCUCUUUGAACAGUUCCCUGUAUUUCUCAAACAUGUCCAUCCUCCUAAAGAGAUCCUGGAGCUCAAGGAUCAAGUAGGGUUAGUUGUAUCCCCAGACACAGGAGGUGAGCGCAAGGCACCUCCCGUCACCAGCAGAAAGCCCAGAGUUGUUCCUGAAAAAGCUGAGGGGGCGAUACCCCUGGGGUUGGUCUUCCCUUCAGGGAAGCAAAAAGAGAUGACUUCUUUCCAGGCUGGGAGCCAAGAAGGCUCCCUGGAAGAUAUUAGUAAGACCUCAGUGGCCAACAAAAUUCGGAUAUUUGAGACCCAUGGAGCUGAAACUCGUCGAACAAGUCAGGGUGAAACUCGGGCCCUUCCAAAUGAAUGGUCUUCAGAGGCCUCCACAGGGCAGGUUGAGCAACAGCUGAGUAAGCUUUUAGACCUGGGCUUUGUUGAAGCCCAGCCCGCAGGGGACCUCGCCAGCCCCCAAGCCACACAUUCCUCUAUGAUACCUCUGGCUAUCAGACACAUCGGGGAGGGCACUUCUACCACAUCCCACCAGGAAAGAUGCACGGAACUAGAGCUCGUGUCCCCCGAUUCAGGCUGCGAAACCACGCUGGAGGAAGCUACUGGGGUAACUGGCAAUAACAAAUCCGGAGAUGCGGUCAGGGAAGAGAAGCACUUCACCAGCUUAGCAGCGAACGCCCCUGAGAAAGGGGGGCUCCUGAGAUUCGCCAGCGCCCCGGGCCCUCAGAGAGCAGGGCUGAGGGAGGGCUCAGAGGAGAAAGUCAAACCACCGCGUCCCCGGGCCCCAGAGAGUGACACAGGAGAUGAGGACCAGGACCAGGAGAGGGACGCGGUGUUCCUGAAGGACAACCACCUGGCCAUUGAGCGCAAGUGCUCCAGCAUCACAGUCAGCUCCACAUCCAGCCUGGAGGCGGAGGUGGACUUCACGGUUAUUGGUGACUACCAUGGCAGCGCCUUUGAAGACUUCUCCCGCAGCCUGCCCGAGCUUGACCGAGACAAAAGUGACUCAGAAACCGAGGGCCUGGUGUUCUCCCGGGAUCUCAAGGGGGCCGCCAGCCAGGAUGAUGAGUCUGGGGGCAUAGAGGACAGCCCAGAUCGAGGGGCCUGCUCCACCCCGGAUAUGCCCCAGUUUGAGCCUGUAAAAAUGGAAACCAUGACUGUCAGCAGUCUGGCCAUCAGAAAGAAGAUUGAGCCAGAGGCUGUACUGCAGACAAGAGUCACCACUGUGGACAAUGCCCAGGUUGAUGGGAGUGCCCCAGUGGGAAAGGAGUUCAUAGCAACCACUCCCUCCAUCACCACGGAGACCAUAUCAACCACCAUGGAGAACAGUCUCAAGUCCGGGAAGGGGGCAGCUGCCAUGAUCCCAGGCCCACAGACGGUGGCCACGGAAAUCCGUUCUCUUUCUCCGAUCAUCGGGAAAGAUGUCCUCACCAGCACCUACGGCGCCACUGCGGAAACCCUCUCAACCUCUACCACCACCCAUGUUACCAAAACUGUGAAAGGAGGAUUUUCUGAGACGAGAAUCGAGAAACGAAUCAUCAUUACUGGGGACGAAGAUGUCGAUCAAGACCAGGCCCUGGCUUUGGCCAUCAAGGAGGCCAAACUGCAGCAUCCUGACAUGCUGGUAACCAAAGCUGUCGUAUACAGAGAAACAGACCCAUCUCCAGAGGAGAGGGACAAGAAGCCACAGGAAUCCUGACCUCCGUGAAGAGAUGCUGGCAUUUCUGGUCCGACCCAAGCCAGAGAACCGUCAAGAAGGGGCCUUCAUUCUGGAUUCUCCGACAUAACACCGACGUCCCAGCUGCGACGUACUGUCACUGAUGAGAGACUGGGAAGGGAAAAGCAUAUAUAUAUAUAGAUAUAUAUAGAUAUAGAUAUAUAUACAGGAAACACCGCGUCCUUGCACUGCUGCUGGGGCUGGCAGAGCUGUCAGCUGACAGCAACAACCAACAUCUGAACACCUACAUUUCCUUUGCAGACAAAUCGAAGAAUUGGUGGGAUUUUUCAGGAAAAAAAAAAAUUAUAACGACCAUAAUCCCCCUCCUCUGCCGAACAACAAAAGCAAGCCAGACCACGAUGAUUGUAGAAGCAUCAUACGACCCCGGUUCUGCGCAUCACAGUUAGUGGACGAACUUUCCAUUUGUUCUUCUCCAGCAUCUGUUGCCCACUUGAAUGCAAAGGAAAACACUCAUGCAGCAAGGCAAGAGAAGUUGCAGCAGCAAGACACGCACGGUCAACCAUUUUCCAAGAAAGAAAGAAAAUUCCCCACUUGGAAAGGAGGAGGGGGAACACUGGAUUAUUAUUUUCUGGGUCGUGACACUGGGCUGCAGAAUCCACCUUCCUUUCCUCUGCCUCCGCUCCCCCUCGCCUCUCACAUGUCUUGUGUCAUCUUCUGUCUCGGUUCCCUUUCCCCCUCCCCCUGCCCUCCACCCCUGACCCUCUGUGUCCUGGUCCUAUUGAGGGCCACUGCAGAUGACUCUCAUUUGAAAGGAGAAAAGGAAUAGGAAAGAAAGCAAGAACAGAAAACUAAGCCACAGGAAGAGAAGUAGACAUUGUAUGUUUAUGGUUUCUCAUUAUGAAGGUGCAGCUUGUAGGAGAUUUGUAUGGAUGUGCUUUUAAGUUAUGUAUAUUAUAUAUAACAGGAAACAAAUAUUAAAAAUAAACAGUGCUGGUAAGUAUGAAGCUGACAUUUUAAAAUUAUAAUUAUCUGACUGUGAUCAGUGUAUCCCAGCAUUCCUGGGUCUCACUGAACUGGCCCAGCUAGGGAGGUCUGGGCCCUGGGCGUGGGUUGGCUCACAGCAGGGGCCGACGUGUUCGGUAUAGUAAUACUAUGUGUGUUGUUUGUAAUUGGUCGAUUGGUGGGGAGGAGUGGGGACCACAAAUGGAGAGCUAGAGGUUUGGCAAGAAGGAAGAAACACAGAUGUUGUCUGGACAUGUCGGUCCAAGAUGCCCUCUCCCCGCUGGGCAAUAGCAGUCAGGGCCUGGUCUGUGCUCAGGCUUGGGGUCCAGAGUUAGGACCCUGCUGCUGAGGUCCCCUGGCUCAGUCCUUCUACCUCCCUAGAGGGCUUGCCUUGGUUUUCAGUCCUCUCUUUAUUUUAUUUUAUUUCACCGUGUCUUUCCCUAUCACAUGGUAAUAUUUAACUCCAUAUCCAAAGGGAGGUAGUCCCCUUGGCUGCAGUGGAAGAUGGUGGCUUUAACCUAGCUAUCUGAAAAUUCCCAGCUCAGUCUUUUCCUGUACCCCCUUCCAUAUUCUGAAUCAUUCUCUUCUUCCUGGGCCAAAGUAGCCAUGGUAAAGAGGCCAUGAACACAGGGCAGGCUCUGAUAGGUCAAGAGCGCAUUUCCAAAGGCCUUGCCUACCCCAGAGCAAGCUGGGCGAUGCUGCCUGAAGGCACCCUCUCUGUAUGAGACCCUGGAGUCCUCCCCUUUGGUCUGCAUCUGAGCUCUGAGCCUGUUCCCUCGUAGUCCCAGAAAUUGCCUCAAGACCACAGGAGCCCUUAGAGAAGACUGUCGUAAGCUAUGUGUUGUCCUCUCACCCAUGUGCCUGCCACAAGCUACUUCCCUGAGCUCAGCAAGUAUCCCUUCAUGAGGGAAUAUGUCCCACUGCACUUUAAUUUCCCAGUCCCAUUUCAUGUCCCAGUCCUGCUUCUAAAACAGUCAAUAAAUUCAUUCAACAGAUAUUUAUUGAGUACCUGCUUGUGCUAGGUGCUGUUCUUGGGCCAAAGGAGAAAGGGGGGGGGGACUGGGAAGCCACCUGAGCCAGCCUCGCAUCUCCAACCAGGGCUGGCCCAUCUGAGAGCACUUCCCCAUUCUCCAACCCGUUGGACAUUGCCCAGGGAUGCCCUCCCCUCAAGGUGAACCAGGCUAGAGGCAUCCCUUUGGCUUGCUCAUCAGUUACUCUGACCACGUACACCUUAGCUGAGAGCAGCAUUUGCCUCUGUAGGCAAAUGGGAAAUUGAGUGGAGCUCUCAGACAGGAGAGUCAGCCGCUUCUCUGUCUCAGUCACUGACUCUCCGAGUCCAGCAGCACGCUUUCCGUGCACCAGGUUCUUUUCACACCCUGGUGGAGAAGCCACACUUUCCCUUUCAUUCUACCAAGGGACUUACCCCAGGUCACCUUUCUUCCUGCCCUUGUCCACUUGAGAGCUCACAUUCCUGGGCCAAGAGCUGGAGUGGCUCCAUCCACUCUGGGCCACUUGGAAUGUGGCUCAAGUGUCCCUGUCUAUGUGGGAAGCAGGUGUCCUGAGCACACUGGACACACCUCAAAGGGAGGAGCUUUGUUCUGGGUCUUGCACCUGCCUACAGACCCUGGGUGUGUGGCUUCAGGGCAGGAAUUGAAAUGUCUGGACUUAGCUUGUGGGCCACCAGGGUUUGGGGAGAUGUCCACCCCAUGGAUGCUCAGACGGUCUUUCCACAGAGAGGCAGGCAGUGCCACCAGGGAGGAGGGGACCUGCAAAGCUAAAAUCUAGGACACUGUUUCCUCCCCAUCCUCCUCUUCCUAGAGAAUAGAGAUGUUUGUCUUGUCUGUCUUCAACCUACUUUUUUCUUUUUUAUGUUUCUCAUCCUCUCUGUGCUGCCUCCACCCAGGAAGCCAUGUAGCCUAGUGGAAAAAGUCCCAGAGAGCAGUCAGAAGUUCUGGGUGACCAUCCUGACUCAGCCCCCUGACUCACCAUGUGACAUCAGGCUAGUCCCAUUCCCAAAAGGGCCUCAGUUUCUCUCUUGCAAAAUGAGCAGGGCAAACCAGAUGCUCUCCAGGGCCUUUUUCCAUUCUACCAUUUUAUACAUCUUUGUUUUCUCUUAUUUUGCCUUCUUUGGAUCUUUUCUGUUUGAGGGUACAGGAAGUGUUAGGACCUGUUUCAGUUUUUGAAUCCUGCAAGCACAUUCCAAGACUGGCCUGAAAUUGCAUGAGUAACAUCACUCUAAAUAAUUUUUUUUUUUUCAAAAGCACCUUACCAACCAACUGAGAUGCUGUCCUGUUCCUUUUUACUCACACCCCUUCUCCUCUCUCGUCCCCAUGCUCCCCCACCUCAGUGCUCUGUGCUGUAUGCGUGUGCUCUCUGUUCUUGUAUACUCAAUAAAAGUGAAAUAAAUGUGUUUGAUGCUGAACCAUA